AUGACUCCUUCAGCGGCUCGGACCAUCGAUCCAGCAGGGGUCUCCUGCGUGGAAAGAGCCCUUUUAGUCGGCGAGCCAAUCCACGGACGUGACAUUUCCGUCUGGAAGAGUACUGGUAUGACGGCUCUGAGUUAUUAUGGACAGUUGGAGAAUUCCAAAGCCAGCAUGAUCCGCCCAUUGAGGUCGCCGAUAUCAAUCGCAGCACUGGCUGAAAACCAUGACGAAAGUACCACGUGUUGCGAUCUUGCCAGCGCAGAUCCCAUCCCAAGCUACGGUCCUUUCUCGACGAGGCAGAUGCGCGAGCACUGA